AGGGGUCGCACCUGGGGACGGGAGUACCUGUGAAAGGAGAGGUGCAGCCUGGGGAGGAGGAGUGUACCUGGSAAGGGGAAUAUCUGAGAACGGGAUGCCCCUGGGGAGGGGUCCCUGGGUGCAGAUGGGGCUGAMCCACCUUGUCCCCUCUCCACCCCACUCGGGGGUGCAGAUGGGAACCCCACCCUGCCCAUCCCCCAGGUGGGCGCGCCCCCUGAGCUCCGCGGUGGCCGCGGGGGGAGGUGACACCAUCUUCGCCCUGUCCUCGGCCCCCGGGCGCUGCGGGGUCGCCGUGAUCCGCGCCAGCGGUCCGGGCAGUCGGGGGGCCCUGCAGAGCCUCACCGGGACCCCCGAGCUGCCCCCGGCGCGGGUCCUGACCCUGCGGCGCAUCCGUGACCCCGACACCGCCGAGACCCUGGACCGCGGCCUCGUGGUCUGGUUCCCAGGGCCCCGCAGCUUCACCGGGGAGGACUGUGCCGAGCUGCAUGUGCACGGGGGGCCCGCCGUGGUCAGUGGGGUGCUGCAGGCACUGGGUGAGCCCCCUCAUCCCCUCCUGCCCCUUUUCCCAUCCCAUCCUGCGCCUUUUCUGUCACAUCCUGCUCCUCAGGAUGGUUUGGGUACUUGGGGAGCUUUCCCCCAUCCCUUUUCCCCCUGGGAUGCUCCUGGAGCUGCCGGGGUCUCCCUGGGAUGUCAAUGGGAUCUCAUUGGGAUGUCACUGGGAUGUCACUGGGAUGUCAAUGGGAUCUCCCUGGGAUCUCCCGGGAUGUCACUGGGAUGUCACUGGGAUCUCCCUGGGAUGUCAAUGGGAUCUCCCUGGGAUGUCAAUGGGAUCUCCCGGGAUGUCACUGGGAUGUCACUGGGAUCUCCCUGGGAUGUCAAUGGGAUCUCACUGGGAUCUCCCGGAAUGUCAAUGGGAUCUCAUUGGGAUCUCAUUGGGAUCUCACUGGGAUCUCCCGGGAUGUCAAUGGGAUCUCAUUGGGAUGUCAGUGGGGUCUCCCGGGUGUCCCCGCUGUCCCCAGGCCGCCUGCCGGGGCUGCGUCCGGCCGAGCCGGGUGAGUUCACGCGCCGCGCGUUUCGCCGGGGGAAGCUGGACCUGACGGCGGCCGAGGGCCUGGGGGACCUGAUCCGGGCCGAGACGGAGGCGCAGCGGCGCCAGGCGCUCCGGCAGCUGCAGGGGGAGCUGGGCCGGCUCUACGAGCGCUGGAGCCACAGCCUCACCCAGGCGCUCGCCCACCUCGAGGCCUAUAUCGACUUCAGCGAGGAUGACAACGUGGAGGAAGAGGUUUUGUCCCAGGUGGAUGUCACCGUGCGGGCGCUGGAGCAGGAGAUCCGAGGCCACCUGAGGGACGGGCGCCGGGGAGAGCUGCUGAGGGGGGGGGUCCGAGCUGUCAUUGCCGGGCCCCCCAACGUGGGCAAGAGCAGCCUGCUCAACCUCCUCUGUCRGCGCCCGGCCGCCAUCGUGUCACCCACAGCGGGCACCACACGGGACGUGCUGGAGGUGGCCCUGGACAUCGGGGGGUACCCRCUGGUGCUCAGUGACACCGCGGGGCUGCGCGAAGCCACCGACCCCGUGGAGCAGGAGGGAGUGACCCGAGCGCGGGACCGACUGUGCCAUGCUGACCUGGUGCUGGCCGUGCUGGAUGCCACCUCCGUGUCACCCACCCCGAUGGCCCUGGGGGCUGCGCUGGCUGCCCUGGAGCCCCCCCCGGGCACCCCCUGCGUGUUGGUGCUCAACAAGGCCGACCUGCUUGGGGGGGACGGGGCGUCCUUGRGUGCCACCUGUGCCCAGGGACCCCCUGAGCCCCCGGCCACCCUCCUGUCCUGCAAGACGGGCGAGGGGCUGGAGCAUCUCCUGGAGCUGCUGACGCAGCAGCUGGCGCGGCUGUGCGGGGACCCCCUUUCGGGGUCGCCCAGCCUGACGCAGAGCCGGCACAGCCGCCACCUGGGGGCCUGCGCGGCGGCGCUGGCACGGUUCGGCCGCGGGGACAGCGGGGACGUGGCGGUGGCAGCGGAGCAGCUGCGGCUGGCGCGGCGGGAGCUGGGCAGGAUCACCGGGCACGUGGGCGCCGAGGACGUCCUGGACAUAAUUUUCCGGGACUUUUGCGUUGGAAAGUGAGCGGGGCUCUGGAGGGUCCCCCCCACCGUCGUGGUGUCACCGGGAUUAAACCGUGGUGCCUUUGG